CAUAGUUACACUAUUUUUCGUAAAAGUCUUUAAAAUGUCGACCGUCAGCGCGGCCUUUGCGCCGCUGCUGCACAAUCGCUUUGUCAUUGGUCUUGCCAAGUCCUUUGGUGUGAUCCUAGCUUCUGAAAUUGGCGAUAAGACGUUCUUCAUUGCCGCGGUAAUGGCGAUGCGCAAUCCUCGGAUGACGGUCUUUGCUGGUGCUAUUGGAGCCCUUGCGGCAAUGACGGUGCUUUCGGCUGCCCUGGGCUGGGCUGCACCAAAUCUGGUCUCCAAGGUGUACACACAUUACGCCGCGGUCGCUCUGUUCUUUUUCUUCGGUUUGAAGACGCUCUACGACGUGUUCUUCAAGAAGGACGAGGGUGAGGAGUCGGAGCUGGAGCAGGUGGAGCACGAGCUUAGCGACCUGAACAAGAGCCGCAGCGCUGGGAAGGAGAUGAAGGACAUGGAUAAGCGGAAGACCAACUUCCUGGUGACUUUGCUGGGCAUGAUCUUCUCCCAAAUCUUCCUCAAGUCCUUCACGCUCACCUUCCUGGCGGAGUGGGGCGACCGCAGCCAGAUAGCCACCAUCGGCCUGGCGGCUUCGGAGGAUGUGGUGGGUGUCACUCUAGGAGGCAUCCUGGGACACAGCGCAUGCACGGGUGCGGCGGUCAUCGGAGGCCGCCACCUGGCCACGCACAUCAACGAGCGGACGGUGGCGAUCUUCGGAGGCGUCAUGUUCCUGCUCUUCGGCGCGCACGCAUUGUGGGCGGGACCCUAGGCGAAGCGGCAGCAGCGGCAGCUGCGGGGCGAGGUGUAGAUUAGCGCAUGUGGGAUGAGAAGGAGAAGGGGGGUGAAGAGGGAACAACUAACAUGUGACUUAUGGGCUCCAUCAUGGGUUGCAUUCUGGUUGCCAGCGCAUGUGAGGCGGCGCGGGGUGGGGCCUGUGUCGGUGGCGAGGUGCCGCACCACAUGGGUGCCGAGCGUGCAUGGGGUGUCAUAUUGGCCGCGUGGCUGUGGGAGGAGGUCAAUACCGGCGUGUGUGCUGGUAUUGGCGGCAGCGGGCGCAGCGAGAGGGUGGCUUUGUGCGGCGGGCCAUUGAACUCACCGGAGGCCGUGUCUCACCAGCAGCCGCGUACCUAGCUUCCCGUGACCGCUGCAUGUCGGGAGCAGGCACGGGUUGGGAGUGUUGCGCCUGCAUUUGGACCCCUCCCAGGGGAGGCUCAGAAGGAGGCUGCCAUGCCCUCUGUAAGCGGUUAAGGCGGGGUGUGAUUUUAUGCUGCACAGGCAAUGGCGGCGAGAGCGAUUAGCGCCUAUGCUUGGGGCACAUGCGCCGUGUAAGGUGGUGCAGUGUUGCUAUGGGUGCUUGGGUUGCAUACCUGUGUCAUACACCAGCUAUGUGGGCUGCUGUAUAGCUGUACAGAGAAGCACUUGGGCACACCGCGCCGUACCCUCCUGUGGUUACGAGGCAGCGGUGUCUGCUGCAGGACAUGGGAGUGCGCUCGGGUGUCGCAACUGGCUGAUAUCCGUGGCUGGUGUCGAGCCGCUUUCUUUCCGGGCGGUACAAGCAUGACUCCGUCUGCCGAGUUGAUCGGCUAAUGUAUCGUUAGGUAGGGGCCGUGUGUGGGACGCGGCAUAACGCGUGCUAUGCUAUUGACCGCUAACAGUAGUCCGGUUACUGGUACCACCUACCUCAACAAUAGGAGGCAUCCGCAGCGCAGGUAGGCAGAGGAGCACCAUGUGCAUGUAUGCAGCAUAAGCGGGCUGGUGCCGGUUGGUCGAGAGGAGGUACGCAGGGUCCUUGAAGCCGGCUUGGCUGUUCUGUGUAUGCUUCGAUCACUUACCCCUUCUGUCGCACGGGGCGAGCUCUUGGAAGCGCCCAUCGCUGUAACCCGACCAGCCUUGCAUGCAACUGCAGUUAGCGCUGCCCAGGCCAGGGAAGCUAGCAGUGGGUCGCCCUAACCUCCGCUACAGUCGCAUGCGGCGUCCUCCUGCUCCACAUUAGUGUGCUAAGCUGCAGCCAGCCCAUGGAUUGUUGCUUGGCGGUGCCGUACUUUGUAGAAUGAUGCGGGCUACUGCUGCUGCUCGCAACCGGAAGAUUGUUGGUUGCUAUUCGAGAAAUUCUACUAGCAAAGUCCUCAAUGUUGGGGCUUCGCGGCCAAGCAAAUCGAGUAGCCUGUCGAUCGCGUACAAGCAAGCAAGCAGCUCGUGUGAUACCUCACGCCUUCCUCACCAGGCUGGGUAGCGUGCUUGCCGGCCUCCGCCCAACCGGUGCAAACAUGCCCCUCGCCACAGACAAGUGGUGGGACGGGAACACGGUCGCGGUUGUGACCGGCGGCAACAAGGGAAUCGGGUUCGAAGCAGCUCGGAUGCUGGCGGAGCAAGGGCUGACCACCGUCGUCACCGCGCGCAAUGAGGAACUGGGCAAGCAGGCAGCGGCCAAAAUUCAAGAGGCAGCCCCCGACUCACGGGUGCUGUUCCACCAGCUGGACAUCUCCGACCCCGCCUCCAUCGACCGCUUCGUCACCUGGCUGCGCGAGCAGCUGGGCGGCCUCACCAUCCUGAUCAACAAUGCAGGCUUCGCGUACAAGGGCAGCAUUUUCGGUGCGGACGAGGCGCAGGUGACGCUGGGCACCAACUACUUCGGCACGCGGGAGCUCACGGAGAAGCUGAUCCCGCUGCUGCGCGGCCCGUCGCGCAUCGUCAACGUGUCAUCCCGUGCCGGCUCGCGCUCCAUCGUCAAGUCCUCUGCACUGCUGUCGCGCCUCACCUCCGCCACCUCGCCGCAGCAGCUGGACUCGCUGGCAGGGGAGUUCGUGGGCGCCAUCCGGGUGGGGGACUAUAAGGACAAGGGCUGGCCGGAGUCCAUGUACGGUAUCUCCAAGCUGCUGCUGUCGCUGUGGACGGCCCAGCUGGCGGAGCAGCUCAAGGGGGAGAAGGUCAUGGUCAACGCAAUGUGCCCGGGGUGGUGCCGAACCGACAUGUCCAGCCAGGUCAGUGAGGGCAGCGCAUGGAGGCUGUUGAGCAUCUUUAACACGAGCAACUACGCGCGGCACCAAGAGCGCGGCGGAGGGUGCCGACACGGCGGUGUGGCUGGCGCUUCGCAGCCCGCAGGAUUUCACGUCAGGCGGAUUCUGGGGCGAGCGCAGCAGCAUCCCCUGGUGAGGCCGAGGAGGAGGGCGGGAGUAGGGUCACGAUGUGGGUCACGGAUGCCAUACGGUGUGCAAGAAGGCAUGGAGCGAAAUGGGAGACCUUCGCUUCCUCGGCCCCCUCGGGCUGGGUUGAGUUGGUCGGGGCAGCGGGUAUGGAAGGAAGCCUGCUGUACGUCCGGAUUGAGGUCGCAAGUGCCAGAGAAUGGGCAAGAGGUUUGCGCAAUGACUUUGCAGAGGGGUUGAUGAGUUGUUGGGUGCGGCUUUGCGCUUCUCGAGAGACAUCCUGUUCAGACUGAGGUUGAUCCCCCGCCUUCACGUUGUUUCUGCUGUUGGCGUUAGGCAAGCAGCAGCUGCAUGGGGCUGUGAGUUGAAGGUUUUUGGUGUGGCGCGCAUUGAGAGGCUACGUGGCCUGCUGAGACUGCACGUUUACUUGCAAAUGAAGCCCUUCGGGGGACGCUUGGGUAACGAAUGGUAAGGCUGUGGCCACGCACACCUCACAUCCUCUUAAGAACUCCCGCAGGGCACAGAAGUAAAUAGGCACGCUACCGGUAUACGACCGGUACCAGGAAGUAAAAAAACGCAG